AAACGGUUAUGAACACGGCCUAUAGUAAGCCUCGCGGCGCAACAAAAGGAGUUAAAUGAGAGACAGAGAGACAGAUACAGAAAUACAGGAUGUAACACUUGCAGAAAGGAUGUUGCAUUUAUUUCUCCUUGAAGCGAAGCUGAUAAAGAAAAAUGCAGGAAUAUAUAACAAUUUUCCUCGCAACAAAUGUUUCAGUAUAAUAGUAGGCGCGCGUAAGGAUCAAACAAUACUAGUUCAACGUGCAAUUAGUAUACUUAGAUUUUGUCAAGGCUUAGAAGGAUACAAUAUAGUGCUUGAAAGGAAGCAUGGCGUCAAAUACGCGAAUGCAGAGUAUCAACCGCUACAUUACGUGUAAAGAUAUGCUGGAUAUACUUACUACGAAUCCGAAGUCGUUUAUAUUCUACGAUCACGAAUGGAUCUUAUAUGAUAACGAUGCAUAUAAGUUCGACUGGCUAAAUGAAGAUUGUAAUUCUAAAGCGAACAAUAUGGACCAGCUUGGAGUUUGGUGGAAUGACACCGGGAUUGUCGAAUAUUUUAUUAAACCACCUAAAAGUUCCACAAUGCCACUGUUUCGGCAUUCAUUUGACAACAUGGAUUUAAAGCUGCGUUGUUCUCCUUCACGAAAGGUUACAAAAAAAUUACAUUUAAUAGUAGACUAUAGUAAACUACAGAUCACGGCGGACACAUGUGAACAUAUAACAGAAAGAAAGUACAUGAUUGUUCUGAUGUCACUGAAAGCUGAAGAAUACUCAACUAAAAAUCAUUUGUUCACACGAUUUAAUAAACAUCUUCAAAAGAAAAAUAAAAGCUAUAAUGGAGAUAUAGCGAGAGCGAUGGAAGACUUUUGUAAAAAUACAGAUGCCAAGUAUUUUACGAAACUGAUUAAUGCUUUUGUUAAGGACUGCGUAAAACAGUACGCUAAAACCAGAUACAGCUCUACAGAUGCCAGUUGGCUUAACACGAAUUUACUCUUUGUACUAUUUGAAUGCUUACAUAUAAUUAAAACACUUUAUUAUGCAUGAUACUUUCGUGAUUUUUACAAAUCUAUAUCAGUAAAUUUAUAUCAGUAAAGAGAUUUCUGUCAAUAAAUCAAAUAAAAGGAAAUACUUAUA